AUGUCGACUCCCUCCACGGCCACCGCAACGCACCCUUCGCACCAUCCGCAUUAUGGCUACUCCCACCAUCCACUGGCAUAUCAGACAAGUAGUGCCUAUCCCGCGAGUACGGCCGCUGGAUCUGCUCGUCUAGCAAACAACUACGCCUUUUCCGCCAAUACUCCCACUGCAACCACCACCACCACCACCACCACAGAGGCUCACCCCCUUCCGCCUGUUCCCCCCCAAACCGCACCAGCCCCCGCGAACUCCGUUUCAGCACUCCCAAAUACUGCCAACAGCGCUUCAAUGUCGUCCGGCACUUCGAGCCGCCGCCGGAAGCCCGAUUGGAAGGAGUUUUAUAAGAACGGGCUGCCCAAGGAAAUCAUCAUCAUCGAUGACACGCCGCCCCCGGAUCAAGCCGCCGGUGCUCGUUCAACCGCAGCGGCUGCUGUCAAUGGCCAGCCUGCUGGGAAGAAGAGACGAACAGGACUGCAGUCUGCCUACGACGUGACCUACCACGACCGACCGUCUUUCUCGACGAACCCACAGCCGUAUUGGGAGAACUCUUCUCACAAUUCGCUGUCGACUGAUCGCACUACAUCUUUGCACACCACCGCUCCAACCUCGCUUGGGUCGGCCGGCAGUGUAGGGACGAACAACGGCGUUCACUACGAAGAUGCAAACAUUGGCCAGAAGCGGAAGCGCAAUACGAGGACCUCGACUCGGCAAGAGGCCAAACGUCGGGAACUCGAGGCUGUUAGCGAUGCUUUCCUCAGCUAUAUUCCACCACCCCAGCCUCCGAUCAAGGCCAAGGAUGUUCCCGUGCCAGUCAUUCGUGAUUACUCAUACUCGAGACACGAAAAGGUGGAUGACGAAGACGGCCACUAUAUAGUCCAAGCGGAAACGCCGCUGACGGAUCGAUUACAAAAAUAUCGUGACGCAUCGAAAAUCGAGCUACGAGUAUUGUCUACUCUGGCGUCCAAUGAUAAGACGAAUCGAAAUAAGUGCAUUCACUUGCGAGAUUGCUUUGACUUCCGAAACCACAUUUGCAUCGUCACAGACCUCCUAGGGCAAAUCCUACAUGACCUCAAUCUUAUUCACACCGACCUCAAGCCGGAGAAUAUCCUUCUCGUGAGCAACAACUACCAGACAUUCACCUACAACCGCACUAUUCCCUCAUCCUCCCAUACAACGUCACGCAAUGCUCGCCACCGUCGCGUACUGCUGGACAGUGAGAUUCGAUUGAUUGACUUUGGCUCGGCAACCUUUGAUGACGAAUAUCAUUCGUCUGUCGUUUCGACUCGUCAUUACCGAGCGCCGGAAAUCAUUUUGAAUCUGGGAUGGAGCUUUCCAUGCGAUAUCUGGAGUAUCGGUUGCAUUCUUGUGGAGUUUUUCACGGGAGAUGCACUGUUCCAGACUCAUGAUAACCUCGAACACCUUGCAAUGAUGGAGAGCGUGAUUGGGAGCAGAAUCGAUUCAAAAAUGGUGAAGCAGGUGAUGCAAGGUCGGGGAAACAGUCAAAACCAGGCUGCAAAGUAUUUCAACCGGAACAAGCUCGACUAUCCGAAUGAAGAGACGACACGACCUUCUCGCAAAUACGUGAGAGCAAUGAAGCAAUUGCAUGAAUUUAUUCCCCAAAAUCAUGCAUUCAACAAGCAAUUCCUAGAUCUACUGCAAAAGAUCUUCGUCUACGAUCCCAAACAACGGCUGACGGCUAAACAAGCCCUCAAGCAUCCGUGGUUCAAGGAGACUAUAGUUGAUGAUGGAACUGAAGCUGUACGGCUUGCCAAACUCCAUUCUCGUUUACUCUGA